AAUAUGGCGCAUUAGCGUUCUAAAGUAUUCUCACUACAAUUCAUUAGUUUUAUUCUGUUCUUUGAGACGUGUUGUAUCACCUCUUACCACGUGCUCGCAUAGUAAUAGUGUAUAAUGCACGUGGAACGCUAUAAAUAGCAUAUUCACGAACUAAAGAAAAUAUUAGCGUACAAAUAGAGAUCAUCGACCUUGUUCCGUCAACAAAAACAUUAGCUCAAUUUCAAGUUAUUUUUAACGCACUUUACAGUGGUUUUGUGUUUGUCCCAAGUGACAGAAAUUAAUGAUAUAAUCAAAUUCGCAGUUAACUAAGGUCAUGAUUGAGUGCAAUUCUUGCAGUCGGGUUAUCCAUUCCGACGUAAUUCAUUGUGCUAGAUGUUAUAGACCAUAUCAUCCUUCAUGUUCACACAAGCAGGGAAUAACAAGCCGUGGCUUCGUUAACAUCUGUUGUUCUGGAUAUGACAAUUGUGACUAUCGUCAAAUAUCGUUCAACCAAAAAAAUAAUUUUGGUCCUCCAAAAAAAGUUUCCAGACACCACGAGAAUGUUAUUCAAAACAUAAAGUUUGAAGAGACUCACCACAUCGACGAAGAUGACGAACCACAGAUUCUUGAUGUGGAUGAGCCAGAAGUCAUUGUAUUGGAUGAUGAUGACGAUGAAGUAAUACAUGAGUCAUUAGAAGAAGUGAAUGUUAUUCAAAUGGAAAAAGCAGUUAAUGAUAGAAAAAAUGAAAUUCUUGCUGAAAUGAGAACUUCUAGUGAAACAAAUGAUAGGCUGGAUAGAAAAAGGAGUAUAACUAAUGAUUCAAACAAAGAAAUAACUUUAGAAACAGUUUGGAACGGCAUUUCAGGUUUACAGAAUUCUAUUACCAAUAUUUCAGGAUCAUUAAAGACAGUUUUUACUAAUUCACAAUCCAUGGAAUCACGAAUAACUGAACUAGAAAAAUCCAUGAACAUUGUUCAAACAAAACUAGCAAAUCUUGAUCAUGUUCAAGAAUAUCUAGAAAAUCUAAAAGAGCACUAUAAUCACUUACAAGAUGCAGUAGAAAAACUGAAAUCCCAGAAAACAUUCAACUUAUCUGAAAUAAGCGGAGAACUGAGGGCCAGAGAAAUUAAAUCAAAAAAUGUCAUAAUUUAUCGUGUCCCUGAAGAUAAUCUCCAUCUCUCUAAUAAUUAUUCCACAGUAGAAGAUAUCAAUAGGCUUAAUGCACUUAUUUCAGAAAGAGAUAAAUUAAGAGUUCGUGAAAUUUUUGAAAAUAUACCACAAUUAAAUUUAAAUAAUAUUAAAACUAGAAGAAUUGGUAGUAUUGAUUCCAGUGAUUGCAGACCUUUAAGAGUAAUAUUGUCAAGUAAAGAAGAUAUGAUGACUGUAAUAAGAAAUAGACAUUUAAUAAAUCGACCAUAUUUUGUAAAAACAGAUCUAACAAGAUGUCAACGAAAAAAACUAAAAGAACUCAGAGAAGAGUUAUUAAAGAUAAACCAAACAAGUACAAAAAUGACUAUCAGGUUUAUUAAUGAUGAACCUACACUAGUACCCAUUGAUAAUUUCAAAAAUGAAGCAUAAGGUAAAAUGAAUACCAUUAAAAACUCCGUAAACAAUAGUCUAUCCAUUCUAACCAUUUAUGUGUAAUACUUAUAACCAUUAUUAAUAGUUUUUAAUCUUAUGUAAGCAAAUUUUUACUUUAAAAAACGUUUUUUUUUUUUAAAACGUUAAAUAAAAUGUAACGACAUAGUCAUUAAAUUCCAAACUCAUAAAAUUGUUCAAAUUUUUCCUACUUUUUAUGAUAAAUUUUUACAUAAAGUACUUUUGUAAAUAUACUUAGUAUAAGUAAAUAGUAACUGAAAUAGAAUAGAUCAAUGAUAGACUGUAUGGAAGAUUGUAAAUUAUUUUCAUUGUUUAAGAACAUAUAAACAAAAUUUUGUCAAUUGCUAAACUUGAUUUUGUUUCCAAACUUUACUAUUUUUAUUAUUUCAAAUGUUAAAAAAAAAUAAAAGAUUAAGUACGAAGCAAAAUAAA